GUUAUUGCGAAUACUCAUGUUUAACAAUUUGCCUUGUGACAUUAGCCAGUGUUUUUCACUGCCUCCAAAAUAUCAAAAUUGCUCUGGAAAUUGGAGAUAUACUUGAUUUAAAAGAAAUAACUUUAACAAAUGGACAAUAUGUCUAUUACAAAUACACCAACAAGUAAUGAUGCCUGUCUGAGCAUUGUACAUAGUUUGAUGUGCCAUAGACAAGGUGGAGAGAGUGAAACAUUUGCAAAAAGAGCAAUUGAAAGUUUGGUAAAGAAGCUGAAGGAGAAAAAAGAUGAAUUGGAUUCGUUAAUAACAGCCAUUACUACAAAUGGAGCUCAUCCUAGUAAAUGUGUUACCAUACAGAGAACAUUGGAUGGAAGGCUUCAGGUGGCUGGCCGUAAAGGAUUUCCUCAUGUGAUCUAUGCCCGUCUCUGGAGGUGGCCUGAUCUUCACAAAAAUGAACUAAAACAUGUUAAAUAUUGUCAGUAUGCAUUUGACUUAAAGUGUGAUAGUGUCUGUGUGAAUCCAUAUCACUAUGAACGAGUUGUAUCACCUGGAAUUGAUCUCUCAGGAUUAACAUUGCAGAGUAAUGCUCCACCAAGUAUGUUGGUGAAGGAUGAAUAUGUACAUGACUUUGAGGGACAGCCAUCAUUAUCCACUGAAGGGCAUUCAAUUCAAACCAUCCAGCAUCCACCAAGUAAUCGUGCAUCGACGGAGACAUACAGCGCCCCAGCUCUGCUAGCUCCAUCUGAGUCUAAUGCUACCAGCACCACCAACUUUCCCAACAUUCCUGUGGCUUCCACAAGUCAGCCUGCCAGUAUACUGGCAGGCAGCCAUAGUGAAGGAUUGUUGCAGAUAGCUUCAGGGCCUCAGCCAGGACAGCAGCAGAAUGGAUUUACUGGUCAGCCAGCUACUUACCAUCAUAACAGCACUACCACCUGGACUGGAAGUAGGACUGCACCAUACACACCUAAUUUGCCUCACCACCAAAACGGCCAUCUUCAGCACCACCCGCCUAUGCCGCCCCAUCCCGGACAUUACUGGCCAGUUCACAAUGAGCUUGCAUUCCAGCCUCCCAUUUCCAAUCAUCCUGCUCCUGAGUAUUGGUGUUCCAUCGCUUACUUUGAAAUGGAUGUUCAAGUAGGAGAGACAUUUAAGGUUCCGUCAAGCUGCCCUAUUGUUACUGUUGAUGGAUAUGUGGACCCUUCUGGAGGAGAUCGCUUUUGCUUAGGUCAACUCUCCAAUGUCCACAGGACAGAAGCCAUUGAGAGGGCAAGGUUGUGCAUAGGCAAAGGUGUGCAGUUGGAAUGUAAAGGUGAAGGUGAUGUCUGGGUCAGGUGCCUCAGUGACCAUGCAGUCUUUGUACAGAGUUACUACUUGGACAGAGAAGCUGGGCAUAUGCGUGGAAUAGGUGUUCAUAAGAUCUGCCCAAAAAUGUCUGUAAAGGUUAGUGGACGUUCUCCUAUUUCAGACUUGGAAGGCUCUAUUUGUUUAGAGAAUUGAGAUGGAGGGGGGAGG